AUGCAUCAUUUCCCAUUAUUUUCUAUCGAAUCCAUUGAAUCGAUUGACAGAGCAACUUUACUACAUGAAGCAACUAAAAUUCGAUUCUAUAAUAGUGUUAAGGCAUCUUUUAAAAGAAUAUAUCCCCUAUUUGUAAUUUUUCGAGAAUUGACAUCAUUAAUGAAAGAGAUUCGCUCGUUCAUUCCAGAGACUCUCCUCAACGACAUGACGGAGGAACGUCAAGAGGAUGAGGAUAGAAGGCGAGAAGAACAAUUAAUACAAAUGCGAGCCAAAAUAUUUCAGCGGCAAGUAUCCAAAAACAGCGUAUUUAGCCAUCAGAGUAUUGGAAGUCUUUCGAAAGGAAGUAAUUCAAUUCCAAGUGCCUCUAUAGCUGCCAGCCAGCACACAGAAGCUGUGAAUAGAUCCAUUGCAGUAUCAGCUGUCACAGAAAAGAGUGUACGGUCCGCAACCUCUGGAAAACCAGUACAACUCGGAUUAGGAUUAUCAUCAUAUAUUGCAACGACAAUUGUCAUUCAAUUACGAAAUUAUGAUGGACAGUGCUAUCCUAUCAUCACAGAUCUAUCAGCUGUAUUCACCAUGUUUUUCCAAAAAGUUCAAGGCGUUAGCAGACAGUUUAAGGGCCGAUGUACUAUCAUUUCUCCUAAAAUUGUCAUGAUCUCAUUCGAAUGUGGAAAGAACAUUGAGAAAAAUGCUCUCAUGUGUGCUUUGCAACUAGAAAGACAAAUUGAAGCGGUGAAUGAACAACUGAGAGACCAAGUGAAUUUACCAACUUUGCAGUUUGGAAUUGGAGUUUCUCGUUCAGAAUGUCUGGUUGGAAAUAUUGGAACGAGUCAAACAAAAUAUGCAGCUUGCAUUGGAAAUUGUCCAAGCAAUGCUUUGAGACUUGCAAGUUUGAAUGAAACAUUUGGAACCACCAUUUUGACAGAUGAUUCUCUUUUGAUUGCGCUUCAAGGUUUUGUCUCACGUCCAGUUCAUAUGGUGAUGAAGAAAUCCAUCAUGAAGGGAGUGGAAACACUGUCGUUGGAUGAUGACGAUUCCAAACAAACCAUUUACCAACUAAUUUCAGAAAAACAAGUGAAUGACGAUGAAUGGAUUUAUCAAUUGCAUCAAGAAACAGAACAAAGCAAGUAUGACAAAUAUUCCCUUGCAUUUGAGAUGCUUAAAGGUACCGUCAACCCUGCCACAUUAGAAGAGAUUUUGCAAGUAUUAAGCCAGUACAUCAAAGCAGAUCCUACGGACAAAGUUUUUUCUCUUCUGUAUACACAAUUGAUAGACAUUCAAAAGGAUGAACUGAAACAUGUGGAGCAACGAGUCAAGGAAUUAUGUCUCGAUCACUGUUCUGCUGUCAAGCCAAUAACAAGUAAUUCCAUUCUGUAA